UGUCGGGGGCGGAGAGGUGGAGGCUGGGCUGGUCUCUGUUGCUGGAAUGGGCCGGGAGGGAGGAGGAGCAAGCGGAAGGGGACGGUGUGUCGCUGGCCCAGGAGCCUGUAGAAGACGGCCUCCGGUGGCCGGUUUGGGCGGCCUGGGACUGUGGCUGCAGUGUCUCUUUCCCCAGCCAGGCAUGGCAGACUCUGCACAAGCCCAGAAGCUGGUGUACCUGGUCACAGGUGGCUGUGGCUUCUUGGGGGAACAUGUGGUCCGCAUGCUGCUGCAGCAGGAACCCCAGCUCCGUGAGCUGCGCAUCUUUGACCUACACCUGGGUCCCUGGCUGGAGGAGCUGAAGACAGGGCCCGUGCAGGUGACUGCCAUCCAGGGGGACGUGACCCAGGCCCACGAGGUGGCAGCAGCUGUGGCCGGAGCCCACGUGGUCAUCCACACAGCUGGGCUGGUGGACGUGUUUGGGAAAACCAGUCCUGAGACCAUCCAUGAGGUCAACGUGCAGGGCACGCGGAAUGUGAUUGAGGCGUGUGUGCAGACUGGAACACGCUUCCUGGUCUACACAAGCAGCAUGGAAGUUGUGGGUCCCAACAUCAAAGGCCAGCCCUUUUACAGCAAGGCCCUAGCUGAGCAGCUCGUCCUGGAAGCCAAUGGGAGGAAGGUAACGUGGCCUGGAUGCACGUGCUGGUGGCCCGGGAGCUCCAGCACCGAGCUGCACUCAUGGGUGGCCAGGUGUACUUCUGCUAUGACAACUCACCCUACAAGAGCUAUGAGGACUUCAACAUGGAGUUCCUGGGCCCCUGUGGACUCCGGCUGGUGGGCACCCGCCCACUCUUGCCCUACUGGCUGCUGCUGUUUCUGGCUGCCCUCAAUGUCCUGCUGCAGUGGCUGCUGCGGCCGCUGCUGCUCUAUGCGCCCCUGCUCAACCCCUACACGCUGGCUAUGGCCAACACCACCUUCACCGUCAGCACCGACAAGGCUCGGCGCCAUUUUGGCUAUGAGCCCCUGUUCUCCUGGGAGGAGAGCAGGACCCGCACCAUCCGCUGGGUGCAGGCCGUGGAGGGCUCAGCCCAGUGAUGGUGGAGCUGGGCCUGGAGGCCAGCAUGGCACAGCCAUCCAGGUCCAGAGCCCUCAGACCCUGGUGGGGAGGGAGGGCUACAUUCUAGAGCCGGAGGAGGAGGGGUCUGGUGCCAGACUGGCUGUCCUAGAGCUCUCCACAUUGUAAUUCAUGAGCCUUGAGCCUGUGUCCUAAUACCCCUCAGUUCUAGGGCAGGGUUUUGGAGCAAGUGUGUCUUCACUCUCAACCCAGGCCUGACAGCUGGUUGGCGAGGGUCUGACUCCCCUGACGUUCUCCACGGUCCCAUCCCAUUUCUGGCUUUUCAAGCAGGAAGUGGGUAGAAGUUCCACAGGGCCUCGUGCUGGACCUCGGAUAUCCAGGUGUGAUCCUCAGACCCGGGUUCAGAGUGAAGAUGCUUUCUGGCUCCUCCCACCACCUUUGUCCCUCCUUGGGGUUCAUAGUCCCAUUAUUUUAAAACAUUUAUUACCCUUGGACAUUUAUCUUUUUUUAUCCUCUUCAACGAAGGCUGAGGAAAUCUGUGUAUUUUCACCUCUUGCCACCCCUCUACCCAAAUCAGUUCCUGCAGCACUGUUUGAUCUCUGCCUGAGGAUGCCCCAGCAAUGCUGUACCAGUCCAAGCCCUGGAUUAAAGCUCCUUCUCCGA